CACUUCCGGUUAAAAACAAAUCAGUGAGAUCAGUCUCCCGAUUGGUCGAAUUUAAAAAUGAGACCGGGACAGUUUUGGACGACAACAGAAGACGGAGUUUCGUUGCGAAACAAAAAAGAAGAUCUGUCACGAUGAUAGAAUCGGGUUGUCACAGCACACUGGAAAACGCAGAGGAGAGAGAAAUGAACGUCGACGACCCGAGGAAAGAUGUUUUAUCAGAGGUUCACUCACAGGAGUCGUGCCUAGGAGAGAACGAGCACUUGCAGGUGUACCUCCGCAUUCGACCGUUCGCAUCCACUGAAAGAGAAAAUGGCGAAUCGCAGGACUGCGUUUCCAUUGAGCCCCCAGACAAGGUGCUCCUCAAGGCUCCAAGGACUUCCCUCUCAGCAAGGCUUAGUGACAAAUCAGUCCCUCAGACAGCUCAACGGUUCCAGUUCUCACAGGUCUUGGGGCCAGAAACCUCUCAGAGGGAGAUGUUUGAUGGCACAGUGAGAAGUCUGGUCAAGGAUGUUUUGGAAGGUGGAAAUUCUCUUGUUUUCACAUAUGGAGUCACAAAUGCCGGAAAGACAUUCACAUUUCUAGGUCCAGAGACCAACGCAGGGAUCCUCCCAAGGUCUUUGAAUGUCAUCUUCAACAGCAUUGAGGGCCGUGUUUACGACCAGAUGACUAUCAAGCCACAGCGAUGCAGAGAGUUCAUCAGGCUCACUAAAGACCAGCAGAGUGAAGAGGCCACUAACAAGAGAAAUUUCUUCAGGCUCCUCAAGGAGAGUGAUAACCCAAAAACCUCCACCAGCCAGACAAGCUCCACCAGCCAGACAAGCUCCACCAGCCAGACAGGCUCCACCAGCCAGACAGGCUCCACCAGCCAGACAGGCUCCACCAGCCAGACAGGCUCCAGCAGCCAGACAGGCUCCAGCAGCCAGACAGGCUCCAGCAGCCAGACAGGCUCCAGCAGCCAGACAGGCUCCAGCAGCCAGACAAGCUCCACCAGCCAGACAAGCAAGACAACCCUGCAAGGGUCCGCACUAAGUGACAUUGAAAGGACUGUGACUGAAGACUCUUUCAGUCUGGUUGUUGACGCACACACCAAGUUCUCCGUCUGGGUGUCCUUCUGUGAAAUCUACAACGAGAAUAUUCACGACUUGCUGGAGCCCGUACCGAUCGGGGCCCUGAAGAGAUCCACCCUGCGGCUAUCACAGGAUGUCAAAGGCAACUCCUUUGUAAAAGAUCUGAAGUGGGUACAAGUGAACAACGCGGAGGAAGCCUACAAGGUGAUGAAGCUAGGAAAGAAGAACCAGAGCUUCGCCAGCACAAAGCUCAACCUCCUCUCGAGCCGGAGCCACAGCAUAUUUUCUAUUCGUAUCCUGCGGAUUGAAGAUGCUCGGAUUCCUCGCGUUAACUCUGUCAGCGAGCUGUCCCUGUGUGACCUGGCUGGGUCAGAGCGGUGCGCUAAAACGCAGAAUAAAGGGCAGCGUUUGAAAGAGGCUGGGAACAUCAACACAUCGCUGAUGACGCUGGGCAAGUGCAUCAACGCCUUACGCCAAAGCCAGCAAUCCAAGCUACCACAGCACAUCCCUUUCAGGGAGAGCAAGCUCACCCACUACCUGCAGGGCUUCUUCUGUGGGUGGGGCAGAGCCUGCAUGGUAGUCAACAUCAACCAGUGUGCCUCCAUGUACGACGAGACGAUCAACGUGCUCAAGUUCUCCGCCGUGGCUCAGAAGGUGGUGGUGCUGACAUCCAAGACCGUCCCCCAUCUCGCCACCAAGACGUCGGCCCGGGAACUGUCCAUGAUCGUCGACCACGCAGACAGGAAGAACCUGUUGGGUCUGCGGAGAAGGAGCUCCCUGGUUGGCUGGGAGACCAGUCUGGAGGAUGUGCAGGAGGAUGUUGAUGACAUGGAAGAGGAGAGCACGGCAGAGGACAGUGUGAUUGAGGAGACCAUGCAAGAAGUGGACGAUGACAAGUUUCUCAUCGAUAAAGAUGCUUAUGAGAGCCAACUCCUCCAACUCCGGGAACAGCUCCAGAAAGAGAGGUCUGAAAACCUGGCUCUGGAAUCCCGGAUCCGGGACGAGGUCACCAAGGAGUUCUCGGAGCUCUUCUCUGAAAUGCAGACCGACUACAAGGAACGUCUGGCCAAAGAGAAGGAGAUUGUCGAGGAGAGAGCGGAGAGGCGUCUAGAGAUCCUGAAGAAUCUAGUGAACAAGAACACCAGUCAAGAGGAGCUGGAAAGAACCGAUGGAGAACUGGACAGAGCAGAGCGAGCCACGAAGGACAGCUCGUCGUUGGGAGGCAUGUUUGACUCCAUGUGCAGUGACCUGGCAGGCAUAAAGAUGGCGGCUGAGACGGCCAAGACAUUUCUGGUGGUCGCCCACCCAAGUAGUGACACCGUCUCCAACCUCUCAGGGCAGCUGCCUGUCAAAACCAAUGAACUGGAAAAUUAUUGCAGACGAGCACCGCAAUCAAACGAACAUCUUGACGAGGCUAGAAAGACUCUGGAGUCUCAGGAGCUGAAGUUCUCCGACCUCGUGGAGUUGUGUCAUGAGAAGGAUGAGAUGAUUUCCUCGCUUCAGAACACCGUGGACCAGCAGGUCAAAGACACUAUCAAGGAUAAGACGACAUUCGACAGCAUCAAGGAUGAGCUCCGGCGUCUGAAGAGCAGUUGCACUUGCUCCGGCGGGGAGAAGCGCAGCUCUCGCACAGAGAGCCGCAAACGGCUGGUGGACCUCCAGCCGGACCUGGAGGAACAGCCCCCUAGAAAGAAAGGAUUCCAUGGGGAGGGUAGUGGAGAGGAAGAGGAGAAGAUGGACAGAUUGCGCUGGGAGCAGGAAGUGAAAUCCUCAGAAGUGGCGCAACUAGUAGAGACUCUGCAGCUUGAUCGGUUAGCACACGGAGAGGGUGACUGGAAAGUGCAGGAGAAGAAUAUCUCCUGUAUGGAGGAACAUGAGCUGAAAGCUGAGCUGGAGGCGCAGACGCGUGCUGGCGAGGAGGCCCUGUCCGCGGUGGUGGUGGUGGAGGAGGAGGAGGCGUGGAGGGAGAAUGCCAGGCUACUCCAGGAACAGGGAGACUUGCAGCGGGAGAUGAGCAUACUCCGAGGGGAAUCCCAGGAUCUAACUGGGAAGCUGCAGGCAAUGGAGAGGGAGGUCAGUCUGCAGACAGCCAGAGCAGAAAAAGCUGCCGAGGACCGACAGGCCACGCAUGACCACGAGCUCAGAGAGAAAGCUGCCCUCAUUGACUCCCUGAAACAGGAAGUAGCACGCCUAGGGCAGGAAGUCGUGGCCUCUCAAGCUGCGUCGGGAGUACAAAGGGACAGCAGGCUUCUCAGAGACAAGAUGGCGGAACUGAAGAGGGAAUGCUCAGAGGCCCUGGAGGAGAGGCUCCUGCUGAAAGAGAAACUGGCCCAACAGCAGAAAGAGAAACUGGCCCAACAGCAGAUCUCAGAACAGGAGUUGAAGGAGCUGAAAGAGAAACUGUCCCAACAGCAGAAAGAGAAACUGGCCCAACAGCAGAUCUCAGAACAGGAGUUGAAGGAGCUGAAAGAGAAACUGGCCCAACAGCAGAUCUCAGAAGAGGAGUUGGAGGAGCUGAAAGAGAAACUGGCCCAACAGCAGAAAGAGAAACUGGCCCAACAGCAGAUCUCAGAACAGGAGUUGGAGGAGCUGAAAGAGAAACUGGCCCAACAGCAGAUCUCAGAACAGGAGUUGGGGGAGCUGAAAGAGAAACUGGCCCAACAACAGAUCUCAGAACAGGAGUUGGAGGAGCUGAAAGAGAAACUGGCCCAACAGCAGAUCUCAGAAGAGGAGUUGGAGGAGCUGAAAGAGAAACUGGCCCAACAGCAGAAAGAGAAACUGGCCCAACAGCAGAUCUCAGAACAGGAGUUGGAUGAGCUUAAAGAGAAACUGGCCCAACAGCAGAUCUCAGAACAGGAGUUGGAUGAGCUUAAAGAGAAACUGGCCCAACAGGAACUGACCUUGGAGCAGCUUAAGGCGGAAAUGGAGGCUAAAGAAGAGGCCCACGUUGACAGCAAAAACUCUGUAGCUGAGAGAGAGACUGCUGAGGGGCUGAGGAAACUAAACUCUGAUCUGGAGGUUGAGGUUGUGACCUUGAAGGGAAAGAUGGCCUAUCUGGAGGAAGAGGAGCGCACCCGCCAAACAGAGAGGGAGGUGGCUGUAACCGUGUCCCAAACGGAGAGAGUGACAGAGUUGGAGAAGAUACUGAUCGACAAGGAGGCGGAGGUGUCGGGCCUGCAGAGGAGCCUGAGGGAGGCGCAGGAGAGGUGGGAGGAUGAGGAGGCCGCUGCGGUGCAGGAGGCUCGUAGGAGGGAGGUGGAGAGGAGGAGGGAGCUGCUGGCCGUGGCUGAAGAGGCCAUCGCUCAGAAGGACGCUGAGCUGAUGAAGAGAGCCCAGGACAUCACCAGAUUGAAGGAGACCAUUAAACUUGACUCAGACAAAGUGAAGAGUUUGAGCCUGGACCUUGAGAGGAAAGACGAUGACGUUUCUGAUCUCAAAGAGAAGCUGUCCGACUCUAAAAAACAGAUCCAGCAAGUUCAAAAGGAGAUCGUCUUGGAGAAAUCUCUCAAACUGAAACUGCUGGACUUGGAGAAAGUGAGGAAACAGCAGCAGGCAGACUUGGCCAACAAAGACCGGACCAUACAACAACUGAAAUCUGAACGUUCUGCUGACUCGAAGUCUGAGGAGAACCUAAAGCUGUAUCAGAACGCCUGCAACGACCUUCAGGCUAAGGAGCGUUUGAUCGAGGACAUGCGUCUGGCUCUGACUGAGCAGGAGGACACCCAGACCCAACAGGAGCAGGUGCUGGAGGCUAAACUGGAAGAGAUCGACGCCCUCACAGAAGAGGUGGAGAAAGUGAAAGGGCUGUUACGCUACCAGGACAAUAGAAAAGACACUGCGGCCCUGAGAGACGGCCAAUCGGACGAAGCCAAAUUAGCCAAACAGGAAGCCGUUCAGGCUCAAGUGACCUUGAAGCUGUGCACUGAGAAGCACCAGGCUGACAGGAGGAAGUGGCUUGAGGAGAAGAUGGUUCUGAUCCGGCAGGCCAAGGAGGCCGAGGACAAGCGGAACCAGGAGAUGAGGAAGUUCGCAGACGGCCGUGAGCGACACGCCAAACAGCAAACCCAAGUGGAAGAUCUCGUGGCCCAGCUCGGUGAGAAGGAGCAGGACCUAGUGAAGUGGAGGAAAGAGAGGGACUCCCUGGUGACAGCUCUGGAGGUCCAGCUAACCAAACUCCUCUCCAACAUCGCAGACAAGGAUGAACAGAUAGCCAGUCUCCGCAGCAACGCCUCCUCUCAGCCAGCAGAGAGGCACCAUGGCCAGGUGGAGGUUGAGGAGCUGCAGAGCCUUCUGUCUGAGAGAGACGCUGAGAUCCUGAAGCUGAAGGAACAACUGAAGGCUGCAGCCAAGGCAAGUGGAAACGUCUCAUCCGCGCCUUCCCAUAAGCCCAGAGAGACCGGCACUCUGGUGAGUGGCAACGUCUCAUCCGCGCCUUCCCAUAAGCCCAGAGAGACCGGCACUCUGGUGAGUGGCAACGUCUCAUCCUCGCCUUCCCAUAAGCCCAGAGAGACCGGCACUCUGACUAAAGCAGAGGAGUGCCCUCCCCAAGUCAGUGAGAGAACUCUCCACGACGACAACAGUGAAUUAGUACAUGGAGUGAAGACUGAGCAGAGGACCAGUCAGGGGUCUGGGGGCUACCCGUCGGUGCUAGACUCCUCAGAGAUCAUAACGGAGGGAGGCAGGACCAGACGCUUCCCCAAGCCUGAGCUCGAGAUCUCCUUUAGCCCGCUGCAGCCCAACAGGAUGGCCCUGAAACGCCAGGGAGAGGACGUGAUCAACGUCAAAAUCACCCGCAAGAGGAAGAGCUCUGAGAUCGACAAGAAGAAAGGUUGGCACAGUAGGGCUAAACAGAGAGCAACACGUGAGCUCUCAUCUCAGGAUGAGGUGAACAACGAGAACCGAAGGAACACCAGAACCCGGAUGCAUUCUAAACUGGCUGUACAUCAAGAGGAGACCUCUCCGGCGAGGGGCAGUAAAGACCCGGACUCCAUUAAGCCCCAGGACUCCCAGUCCAGCCUUCGGAGCAGGAAAGAAGGGACGAUGCAGAAGAUCGGCGACUUCCUCCAGAGGUCCCCAACGUUUUUCGGAAGCAAGGCUAAAAAGAUAAUGGGAUUGGUGAGUGGGAAAUCCCCAGAGACGGAGGAGGGCGGGGCCUCCAUGAACUUCAGACCCAAGAAGUCCAAGAGGAAGCUUUACAGACCAGAGAUCUCCUCCCCCGUGGACUUCCCCUCCCACCCGAUCAUCAGUGGUAGUCCAGACGAGAGAGAAGGGGACCAUCUCAUCAUCAAGAGGAAACUCCGGGCGAGGACGGCUAAAUGACUCUUCUCUGUUCCACAGCGACGACGUCAUCCACGCUGCUCUUGUGGUAACAAGGAAAUGAAAUAAUCAAUUUUGUUGGUGUAAUGAAGGAUAUAUUGAGGUUUUAUUUUUUUUUAAACAACUUAAUAUCGGUUAGGUAGUUUUCAUAUAGCCUUCAUUUAUCACUUUAAUUUAUAUUUGAUUUUAUUUCUAUAUAUUUUUAUGUUGCACAUAGUGUGAUUAUUUCUUUUUCAUUUGUGUGAUUUAUAACCCUAUCAUUUAUGGACCAAGUAUGUUUUAUUCUCAGUCCAGAACAUUUUGGUUAUGUACUCCUCUGAAGAUGUACACGUCAACGAUACUCGUGUAAAAAUAAACACAAGAUGUUUUUUGUUGUGCAUAAUGAAUGUCUUACUAGGGACAACCACUACCGAAUCCUAUUUUGGUGGUGAACGUGUCGAUUAAUGCAUGGUGUAACAUAGAUCUAGAGCCCCUGUUGAAUCAGUGUCGUAUCUGGGCCAAGAAAGAACAUCAUUACGAACUGCUCUUUUCGUUUCACAUGGUUAAACAUUUCAAUUACUACAUUUAGUCUAAAUACAGUAAAUGUUUAUCUCAGAAUCUACCAUUUUUUUUAUUUAACCUGAACCCUUUGACUGCUAUUUAUAUAUAAUACUGUACUGCUGACAUUCCACAGUGAGUUAAUAAAAAAACACUACUAUUGCUCCAAAUUA